GGUAAAGUCCCAUGAGCGACAGAAUUCUGUGUUUUUUUUCUGUGACGGCCGGCGAAGACGGGGAAGGCGGUCGGCUCGCAUGUAGCCUUCUAUCUUCGGCGGGAAACUCUGGCGGAUGCUGCCGCUGGUUCUCUCUCAUCACUCGUUUACCCUGCCUGCGUGCCUGCUUGGCGGACUUUUGCAUGAGGGCAAUGAAGAAUGUGCAAGUGCGCGGCAGCCGUCCCUGUUUGUGAGGAGUGCAGGAUCUUAGCCCAAGACGUCGAAGUGAAUUGGUUAUCACAAAGAGAGUACUGAUGGCGGGGGAGACAUGUAGGUUGGCUGAAGACACACCGUGGGUCGUUGGAGGAAUGGAUGGCUUAUGUCUCUCGGACACAAGUGUGUCUGAUACCGAGCACAGCACUUUCGAUGCAGAUGCUGAGCCCCCACGUGGUAAUAUGUGCUAUGCUCUUGCCAGCAACGCUUAUCUUGACACGAUCUAUGUGAGCGACUGUGAUGGACCAUUAGGCAGCCUUGGCCGCUGUCCAGUCACAAGCUGCUUUUGCUACAAUUGCUGCCAGAGCAACAUGCCACCUGUGUCCGACGAAAUGUCUGUAAGCGUUUCUUCCUCCAGCAGUCAGACGAGGGAGGCUAGGGCUAGGAGGAGGAGGAGGAUGAGAGGGGCGAAGGUGAAAAGAGAGAAGCAUCGAGAGGGUACUGCUGCUGAUGACGGUGGGAAGCUUUCUGGGACUGGUGUUGUUUCCAGUGAGCAUGUGCGCAGCGCGUCCGUCGACAUGGGAAAUGAUAAUUCUGAGGUCCGCGUGCGCGGUGGUACUUGGUGCCCCUCAGAAGCAUACCCUAGCGCCGACCAGUGCUCAAGGGAUACCGACACAGCGUCGAUGACGAACGACUCCUCUGCAUCGUUCUCGUCUGCGUCUUCUUCCAUCAGUCUCAGGUCAGACUUUGUUCCUACCCCCCCCCUUAGAUCCGGGUACAUGGGUGGGGGUCCUACCCCCCCUGGUUCAGGGUACAUGGGUGGGGGUCCGAUCCCCCCUAGUUUAGGGUACAUGGGUGGGGGCUGCUGUGUUGUGGACGAUUCUUUCAUGCUGUCUAGCUCAGAGUACGAUUCUGAGGCAGAGUUGGGAAGUGUGGAUAUUGCGACCUCACGCCUAACGUUCCCUGAAGGGCUGCAGGGUAUUGCCGAUACAGCCCAUCUGCAGGACGAGGAGGAGGAAUCUGAGACUCAGACACAUGGUCGUCAGGUCUUAACGGUGCGGGAAGAGAGGCGGCUUGCAGGUGUGGUGUGGCAUAGCAGCUGGAUGUGGAACACAGUCAUCUCGGUGUUCUUGACUGCGGCGGGUGCAUUUUUGACCGGUGGAGGCAUCAAAUUGAAGGUUGGUAGUAGAUUACCAUCCGUUUAUCAACGAGACGAGGUCCCAAGGCUGAAGCUGCCAGCUGAGGGAGAGCGAAGGUAUCGGAUCCAGUACAGGGUGGCUCUAAAUGGGCACCUUGUGAUGGAAAAGGUGCCCCUGGAUGCUCCUCGACCAAGUGAAGGAGAAGGAGAAGAAGAGAGUGUGGAGGGGAAUGGUAGACAGUAUUUGACUGACUUGGAUGAUAUCGGCAGCAGUGACGUUCGGGAUGCCGGGUUGGUUGGGGAACGAGGUUCUGCCAACGAAGUCGGCUUGUGGAGGGGUAAUGGUGGUCCUGACCUGGACUCAAAUAAUGAUAUGCUGCAAAUUGAGUAAGGUUGCUAUUGAUAAUGUGUCCUCUUUUGGUUCUUGAUGCUCUGGUAUGGCAGAUGAUGAUGCUUGUUGUGAAAUGUGUUUAUUGUGUGGUCAUGCUUUGACACGAUGAGAGAGAGAGAGAGAGAGAGAGAGAGAGAGAGAGAGAGAGAGAGANAGAGAGAGAGAGAGAGAGAGAGAGAGAGAGAGAGAGAGAGAGAGAGAGAGAGAGAGAGGUUUGUUGUACGGUGUAGGUGGAUCUUGUUAAUAGCAUUUGAAUUUGUAACACUCAGGACUUAAUUUUGCACUGGAUGAUUUUUUUUUCAUUUUUAAUCAUGAUUUAAUAGAUUUGUAGAUUCGUGGAGAUACAGCAAGUAGAUCGCGAUGGUGAAAGCUUCUCUGUUUCCUGUUGAGAAAUCGAUUGGCCCUUACAUGGUCUCAAGCGUUCGGAAUUGAUUUGGAUUUGAUGCACAUGCCAAAUAACAGCUGCAAAAGAGAGGUGACUGCCUUCGUCCUGAUUUGUUGGUAUUGGAGUCAUUUUAUUUUUAGCUCCUAGUACCCUUUUGAUCUCGGAGUCCCUUCCCUGCUCCUGGGCCGCUGUGCGGGCUCAUGGGGUUCAUGGGAGGGUAGGGUUACCAUUCGUGCAAGUUUUGCAGUGUUCAUCGACGAGAGCGAGAGAGAGAGAGAGAGAGAGAGAGAGAGAGAGAGAGAGAGAGAGAGAGAGAGAGAGAGAGAGAGAGAGAGAGGAUAUGGUGAAGGCAUAGCCUUACCCGAUCAGUAAUGGUGAAUGGUCGAGGUUCCUGUCGGCGAAGAUUUGACUUUGGUGACUGUCUGUGCGAUAUCUGCGUAUCGUUUGGGAAUCGAAUUGCAUUCGAACGAUUCAAACAAACGGGGUUUUCAGGAUGCCAUGGACGCCAUUAGUGAGAGCGAGGAGGCUAAGUACAUAUAGCUGUGCACAGGCAUGACGAGUCUCUUGCUGGAGAGGAGGGGGGGAGGGGGGGGGGCGCUGCUAGAGUGUCUGAGCGGUUAGGGAUCAUGCUUGGUGUUUCUUGUGGUUUAAGGUUUAGUACUCAAUUGAUUAGAACUUCAAAAUUCUUUUAUUGAUGAUGUGCUUGUUAGUCUUGUUUGAUCACUCAUCUUAACCGAAGGAGGGUAUUUUUUGGUAGAACAGGAGGAUGAGGGAGAAAAAAGGAGCAUGGAGGAGACUAAAGGAGCAUAGGGGGAGGAAAAACGAGCAUAGGGGGAGGAAAAAGGAACAUGGGGGUGGAAAGUAGUGUGUGUGGGAUGAGUGAUUGCGACCCGUUUGACUUGUUGUGGUGUGAUGACCGUGAGCCUUCGAGAAGGAGAUCAUGGUUGACGAUGCACACGUGUCAUAUAGAUAGAUGGUGGGUUUUCUGUUGACGAACGCAGUUAUUGAUAACGAGUGUUCGUUCCUUAAUCGUCGUCUUGGGUGGUCGGCGCACAGUUGGUGGUCCCCACACCCUCGGAUGAACCGUUGAUCUGCUGCUAAGUCAUCAUCUUUUCAUCAGGACAUCGUUUCGAGGAGCGAUUGCUGGUGGGUGUGGAGGUGGUGAUUGUGGAGGUGGUUGUUGUGGAGGUGGUGGGGUUGUAUUUCUGGCUCAGAACUUCAGGAGCGAUUGAUUACCAAUCCUCCUGAGCAACUGGAGGUUGGUGGGGGCUUUUGGAGUAGAGAAGAAGGAAACAAGGAAGCGACAACUUGAGUGACUUUGAAUAGUAUCCGACUGCAAGAGGAGAGCUGUUCCUCUUAUAGAGUGUGUCACAACGUGUGGCACUCCGUUUGUUUUUUAGAGUUUGGCAGAGAGUCGAGUGCCAGAGAGUGUUCUGUGCUAUCAGAGAAGAGUUAGGAGUCCUCUCCCAGCUUACACCCCAAAGCUUGUCGGGUUGUCCCCUUGCUGUGUACCUCAUGCUGCACGACGCC